GACACAACUCUCGAGGGACGCUUCCGGUGAAGAAACAUGGCGGCGGCCGUUCAGGACUCACGUGUGAGUGCGGGGAAAAAGCUGAAAAAUUCACUGAAGAAGAAGAAGAAAAUGAAAAUGGUAGCCAGGGCUGUAGCACCGGAGCUGGACGAUAAGGACAAAGACCCUUCGGAUAAUGGAGGUUCUGUAGAAAGCUGUGGAUCGGAAAAGGAUCACUUUUCUUCUGGUGAUGAAGCAGUAGAAGCUGACAAUGAAGAUGAAGUUGACCCCUGUGACAAUGACAGUGAAAAUGCUGCAGAAGCUGGUGUUGGAACUAAUGUGGGCUGGGCAGAUGCCAUGGCUAAAAUCCUGAACAAGAAAACUCCUAAAAGUAAACCCACCAUUCUGGUGAAAAACAAAGAGCUGGAAAAGGAAAAAGAAAAGUUAAAGCAAGAGAGACUGGAGAAGAGAAAACAGCUUGAUAAGAAGCGGGAAUGGGAAAUGAUGUGCAGAGUAAAGCCAGAUGUUGUCAAAGACAAAGAAACAGAGAGAAAUCUCCAGAGGAUUGCAACAAGGGGUGUGGUGCAGUUAUUCAACGCUGUUCAGAAGCAUCAGAAGAACGUUGAUGAAAAGGUUAAAGAAGCUGGAGGCUCUAUUAGAAAGCGUGCUAAGUUAAUAUCAACUGUUUCCAAGAAAGAUUUCAUCAGUGUCCUGAGAGGGAUGGAUGGAAGUACAAAUGAGAAAAGUUCAACUGGAAAGAACUCAAAAGCCAAACAGACUGAAGCAAAACCAGAAGAGAGCCCAGGAUGGACUAUCCUACGUGACGAUUUCAUGAUGGGAGCAUCCAUGAAAGACUGGGACAAAGAAAGCGAUGGAGCAGAUGACAGCAGGCCAGGAUCUGAAGGUGACACUGACACAUGAAGCUGGACAAGAAGCACAUGCUCCAGAAGUUGGGGGACUACAAAGAUACCGUUUGUAGGAAAGCCGAAAGACUUUCACUAUUGCCAACUUCGGUGUUUUCCUUUUUCCUGUAAACUUUGCUAAGCAUAUAUUUCAAACCUUGUAUAAUUUUAAGCAUUGUUCCUCAGAACAUUUGUAAAAAGAAGUGUUUCUACUUGAGAUGCAUUUUUUCAGGUUCGUUUUGGUUUACAUAUUGGCCAUGGAUAUUGGUGUUUUAUUUCACUAUCACCGAUGUUUAUGGCAGUGCGAUACCAAUUCAUAAUUAAAAUGAAUUCCUUGAAGUUAAUAUUUUUCAGCCUUCCAACUUCAGACCUAUAUAUGUAGAGUUUUGGAGAAGAAAGGUUGUUACUUGUUUUGGUGAGCUAUUGACAAAAACCUAUGUAGCAAAAACUUUAAAUUAUAGUAUUUCUGAUUUACAGCGAUGAUUGUAUUUUUAGAUACUCUGGCAAAUGUGAUUUAAGAAACAUCAAAUCUCUACUUUUGUAUGCUAAUUAAUAUGUGUAUAAUAAUGACUUGGACUUAUUUUCAGUGUUAGGUUAUUUUCAUACAAGAUUUACCAAGGUGGAAGGUCUCAUGUUUAAUUUAUGCAAUGAGGCAUCAUUUCUUAGGAAGCAUAUUUGACAUCUUCUAGUUUCUAUCUCUCUCCCUCCUUUUUUUCCCACCUAAAUAUUUGAGUUAGCUGAAACUCUCUUUUAUGGACUGACUGACCGAGGUGGAAAUUCUCGUGUUUAACUUAUGCAAUGACGCAUCAUUUCUUAGGAAGCAUAUUUGACGUCUUCUAGUUGGGUGACUGUUAGUAUCUAGAUGUUAAACAAAAAGAAAAAAGAAAGCAAGACGGUUAGUAUCAUUACAGAAUUUCUGUGAAACUUGGUGUAAGAUCCAGAGCUUGUCAGGGAGUUACUUAAUAAAAGUGAUCUGUUCUUUUUUAAAAGGA